CGCGUUUCCACGCGGGAGGGACUGUGGGGCUGCAGCUCCGGCGUUCCCGGGUCCUAACCUCGCGAUUGCGGCCCCCUGGGGUGCUGCCGCGCGGGAAGACCAUGGGCGACGCUGUGGGAGAGCGCGCUCGCCUCCGGUGCUACCCCAAGCUCCCAGUGUGGGUCGUGGAGGAUCACCAGGAGGUCCUGCCUUACAUAUACCGGGCCAUUGGCUCAAAGCAUCUUCCUGCCAGUAACAUAAGUUUUGUGCAUUUUGAUUCACAUCCAGACCUCCUUAUUCCUGUAAAUAUGCCAGCUGACACUGUGUUUGACAAGGAAACACUUUUCGGAGAAUUAAGUAUUGAGAAUUGGAUUAUGCCUGCAGUUUAUGCUGGCCAUUUUUCUCAUGUGCUAUGGCUUCAUCCCACAUGGGCUCAGCAAAUAAGAGAGGGCAAACAUCACUUUUUAGUAGGCAGAGACACUUCUACCACAACAAUCAGGGUUACGAGUACAGAUCAUUACUUUCUAAGUGAUGGUCUUUAUGUAACUGAAGACCAACUAGAGAACCAAAAACCUUUACAAUUGGAUGUAAUUAUGGUAAAACCUUAUAAACCCUGUAACAAUCAAGAAGAAAAUGAUGCAGUGUCUUCUGCUAAGAAGCCAAAGCUAGCAGUGGAAGAUGCAGAAAACACUGCUUCUACUAACUGUGACUCUUACUCAGAAGGACUGGAAAAGGACACAUUGACACAGAGGGGCCAGAUUUGCCUAGAGCAAUCAUGUUCAUGUUCUUCUGAAAGUCAAGAAUGUCAAACUACAGUCAGCACUGGGGAAAUUCUGGAAAUUUUGAAGAAAGGGGAUGCAUUUGUGUUAGAUAUUGACUUGGAUUUUUUUUCAGUCAAGAAUCCCUUCAAAGAAAUGUUCACUCAGGAAGAGUACAAAAUCUUACAAGAAUUGUACCAGUUUAAAAAACCUGGUACCAACCUGACAGAGGAAGAUUUGGUAGAUUGUGUUGAUACUCGAAUUCAUCAGUUAGAAGAUUUAGAAGCUGCUUUUGCUGAUUUAUGUGAUGGUGAUGAUGAAGAAACUGUACAGAAAUGGGCUUCAAACCCUGGAAUGGAAUCACUAAUUCCACUUGUACAGAGUUUGAAAAAACGGAUGGAAGUACCAGACUAUGAAAUGGUUCACCAGGCUGGUCUAACCUGUGAUUACUCCGAACUUCCUCACCAUAUCAGCACAGAACAAGAAAUUGAAUAUCUUAUUCAGUCUGUAUAUUAUUUACUGAAAAAUUUACCAAAACCUACUCUUGUGACAAUUGCAAGAACUGCUCGAGAUACCUGAGGAUCCUUACUGGACUGUGCCUGGUCUUCCUGGUCGCAGCAUUCUCGUGCUUGUUUCCAAACUCACUGGUCCUGCACUGUCUCUGCUUUCGUAGUUCCAGCUGCACUCCUGGGAUCCCAAACAUCCGUGCCAUCCCGUCCCUUUAUUGUCAUUUGGGUUCAACAAAUGAAGUUACGGUGACUGAGGAGGUUUCUAUGAACCUGGAUUCUUAGGAAGGAGUUCCCUAAAUGGUAAAUAUUCCAGUUGGUCACUGGAAGGGUAGGUCUUACCAUUGCAAAUUAGUAAGUUUUCAUUCAGUACAUUAGUAUCUUGGGAAUUUGGUUCCUAAGACUGAGAAGCAGGAGCUCAUUACCAAGGCUGAAGCAAGGCUGAGGUUGCAAGAUUUCAC